CCUGUAUUUUCCACUCUCUUCAACACUGUCGUUGUUUGGUACAGGUACAUCAAGGCAAGUAAUCAGUCGUCGGGGGGGGGUAUAUUUUGCUUUGGGCCCCAAAAAGACUUGAGCCGCCCGUGUUUCCCCUGUGCUUUUCUUCAGCACCACGUUUGGUACAGGUACAGUCAUUGAUCGGCCAUCUAUAACACAGUUCAAGGCAAGUGAUCAGUCGUGGGGGGGUAUAUUUGCCUAGGGCCCCCAAAAGACUUGAGUCGCCCAUGUUUCCCCUGUGUUUUUCUUCAGCACCACGUUUGGUACAGGUACAGUCAUUGAUCGGCCAUCUAUAACAGUUCAAGGCAAGUAAUCAGUCGUCGGGGGGGGGGGUAUAUUUUGCCUAGGGCCCCCAAAAAGAAUUGAGCCGCCCGUGUUUCCCCUAUGUUUUUCUUCAGCACCACGUUUGGUACGGGUACAGUCGUUGAUCGGCCAUCUGUAACAGGGUUCGGGGCAGGCGGCCGGUGGCGGGGCUCCGGAAGAGCGGGUUUUCGGGACCGGCUGCGGAAUGAAAGGACUCCACUGUGCGACACGAGGAGACGGCGAAGCCCGGAAGCCCGCGCGCGCGCUGCCAAAGAGGAAGUGGGACGAAUGAAGUCCGCGGUAGCCGCACAGCAGCCGGGGUGAUGGCGGACGUGGUGGAAGUAGACACCAUGAAGAACUACCGCUUAGCCUUCGAGAGGGUCGACCCCGACACCAGCCGCUACCCUCACUGCAUCGUCUGGACGCCCAUCCCCGUGUUGUCAUGGCUGUUUCCAUUCAUUGGACACAUGGGAAUCUGCACAUCGACCGGUGUCAUCCGAGACUUUGCUGGACCUUACUUUGUCUCAGAGGACAACAUGGCUUUUGGGAGACCAACAAAGUACUGGAUGCUCGACGUGAGCAAGGUGUACGCCGGUGGCUCCAACGCCUGGGACACCGCAGUGAAUGACGCCUCAGAGGAAUACAAGCACCGGAUGCACAACCUCUGCUGUGACAACUGUCACUCGCACGUCGCCAUGGCCCUGAACCUGAUGCGUUAUGAGAACAGCACCUCUUGGAACAUGGUCAACCUUUGUUUGCUCGCUCUCAUCCAUGGAAAGCAUGUCAGCUGCGUAGGGUUCCUGAAGACCUGGCUGCCCUUCCUGAUGCUGAUGGGGCUCGUCCUUACAGUGGCCCUGACCCUUAAUCUCCGGUGACCAGGGAGGCGAGCGGACAACGGGGAACCCCGCCCCCCCCCUGCGGAGGUCAGAUGCGGGGGUUGAACUUCUGAGCAAAACUGGGAGGUGUCGCUCUGUGUUGUGCGGACUGUAACUGGAGCAAUAAAGACUUCUCAUCCCUUCAUGAUCCUAUUGGGUGAAGUGUCGAGAGGAAGGCCGACAUUUUCCAUCGAUUUCUACACACAGCCUGCCUGCCUUUCGGAAGCGGGCGACCAGUUUUCUGGCGUCACCCCGGUGGCGGAGCCGGAAUACGUUAGGAAAGAAGCAGUUUAUUUUUUGUUCACUAAUUAAUUUUGUGUGGAUAGGUUGUGAGUGAGUUCAUUGGAAUUACAAUUUACCCCCCCCCCCGCCACACACACACACACACACACACACACACACA